AAUCGACAGGCCAAUUCAUAAACACAUCUAACUUCUUUUAAGUUGCCAAAAAACUAUCGAAACUGUCUGUGUUUAUUAUUGAGUCCUUUUACAAGCUUCAUAAUGGCUGUUGACAACCAUAAUUCCUUACUUUCGACACAGAAGUCGUCCGAUUCUGGUCUCCAGGUAGCUCUACACCCCCUCGUUCUCCUCACAAUUUCAGACUAUAUUACAAGACACACUCUGCGACAACAAACUGGACCUGUAGUUGGAGCUCUGCUAGGUCAACAGAAUGGUCGCGAAAUCACUAUUGAGCAUGCAUUCGAAUGUCUGCUCACUACAGAGGAAGAUGAAGUAAAGCUAUCUCCAUUAUGGUUUGAGGCAAGAUUACAACAAAUGAAGGAUGUUCAUAAAGUUCCUGCGCUUGAUCUUGUCGGGUGGUAUACUAUCAUUCCUAACUCUGGACCUCAACCCAUACAUCUUCCUAUUCAUCGACAAAUUCUCUCUAUAUACAAUGAGUCUGCCAUUUUACUCGGCUUUCAUCCUGAAGAAGUACUUGGUGGCGCAGUUGGCGGAAAAUUGCCUCUCACAAUAUACGAAAGCAACUAUGAGGCAGAGGAAAGCGGCGUGGAGACUGGGGAGGACAAGGAAAUGAAAGACGAGGAACAACAACUCAAGCUCAAAUUUAAGGAACUCCCAUUCACUAUCGAGACUGGCGAAGCAGAAAUGAUCAGCGUUGAUUUCGUGGCUCGUGGUGGAGGAAAUGCUACAGCUGUAAACGGUACCAGCAAGAAAAUUACCAUUGUGGAAGGUAAAGGAAAGGGCAAAGGUAAAGAAAAGUCCAAAGACUCAGAGACCUCGAAACGCGAAGAGAGCAGUCUAUCACGAGAAGACGAAGAACAAAUUGCCUCCUUGACUGCAAAGGCAAAUGCUAUCAAGAUGCUUCAAUCUCGAAUUAAUCUGGUUGCCGCCUACCUCCAAAACCUCCCUCCCUCGUACGUGGCCGACGGCGUUGUCUCGGAAGCAGAUACCGAAUCGAAGAACUUUGCGCCAGUCAAUCACUCGAUUCUUCGGUCUAUUCAAGCCCUUCUCGGUCGUCUUAGUGUUCUUAUACCCGCCGACAGUCAAGGUUUCGAACACGAACUCAUCUCUGAGAAAAACGAUGUCAGCCUCAUCUCCCUCCUCAGCGAGCUCACUAAAUCAGCCCACGAUAUCAGAGAAACAGGAAAGAAGUUUGCUGUUGUAGAGAACGGAAAGGCUAGCGGAAUGAAGCGCCCUGGAAUGGGCUGGGGUGAUCAAAGUCAUCCAAUGCGAGAAGUAAUGCAUGUUGGAGAUCUUAUGUCAUAGGGUAGCUCUCCCCCCUGAUUUCAACGGCGUAUUUCGGUUUGGGCGUAUGAAGGUAUAGGUAGGCAUGCAGGUGGUGCGCGAUUUACAUUUUGAAGAAAAGGGAAUCUGGCGUACUUGCAUGAGGGAUUUCAGAUAUCAUGAGAAUGAGAGAUACGAAUGAACGAGAAUUAGAUAGGCAAUGAAUACCUGACCUGACAUGAACAUG